AUAAAUUCAAAAAUUUGAUCUCCAAACCCUAAAACCCAUUUUCCAUCCUUCAUUUUCCCGCCACUAAUUCGCGCCACAAAGAAGCAGCCAAAACCCUCACACCCUUCUCUUUCAAAGCGGCAAAUCCACUUUCCAUCCCAUUUCCCGAGAAUCAGGAUAUGGAUACAUCGAACCCUGCAGUCUUUGUAAAUGCAGAGCUGCUGCACAUGUAUGUGGGACGAAAAGUUCGUGCUGUUAUUCAGUUUGUUCAAUCUGAUAAUGGUGCUGUUAUUGGGAAAUCUACAGAUGAAAAACAGUUGGUUGUAAAAGGCUCACCUCCCUUUUCUCUUACUACUUAUGUUGAGGUGAUUGGUAUUGCCGAAAGUAAUCAAUCCAUCCGUGCUGAAAUAUGGAACAACUUUGGUGAUACCUUUGACAUGUACAACUACAAUCAACUUUGCCAACUUGCAAAUGGGGAAUAUAAGCACUUGUUUAUCUGAUGAAGUACAAGCGCACCACACCAUAGCUCCUGUUAUGCAAAGAAGUGAGCAGCGUAAAUCAUGAACCAAGUCAUCUCCUAGUUUUUGGUAUUGUAUUAGGUCUUUUGUGUUUGAGUUUGUCGUCUGGUGCAUUAUUAGUAAAGUUGGGUGGUGUCGCGGUAUUCUUCUCCAUGUUUUUGUUUAGUUUUUUUUUUCUUCAGUAAUGAAUAUCUAGUUUUUUUAAACUUUAUUGUUGGAACUAGGACUACAAAAUACUUUUCAAUCUGUUAAAACUGUAUUAAUUCGCAUUAAUCUACGUCGCUCUAUAACUUUAAUCGUGGUUUAAA